UUACACAGCGGAAGUGACAGAUUUCUUAUUGUUCAGAUCUAAAACGUUGAGCUGGAAGUCAAACACCAUGUUCAGGUUUUCUCUAAUCGUCUGUGUUUCUCUAAUAUAUGGCAUCUCGGCGAAGCCAUAUAAACCCUGGGAUAAACAUACAGAUGAAGCAUUCCAGGAUACCGUUAUGUCCAUAAAUGACAAAGGAGAGAUGUCCUGGGGAGUGGAAAUGGAGCCUCCAGAGGACAUGGAUAAGACUGACUAUGACAUCGACCCUGCCAUGGGGAUUUGGAAGAUUGUAACGGGCAGCGAACCGGGCAAACAGCCUCUGAAUGCCGAAGAAGACUUGGACAGGAUGUUCCACCCAUCACUGACCGAUUUCCUCAAACUUCACCUCAAAAUGACGGGCGCCCUCCCUGAUGCCGACAUCCAGGCAGUGCUUGCUGCCAACAUGGAGCACAAACAGGAACCAGAGGAGGAUAAAGAUGACAACAUCCACCCUGUUUUCAGCGAGGCGAACUUCGAAGAACCAGAGCAGGACUGGGAUGACGUCUACCACAAAGCGAUGGAGCAGCUGGGUGGAUAUCUGGCCCCACUCAAGGCUGAGUACAAAGCUGGUGACGAGGUCCGUGUUGCGCUUUCUGAACCAAAGAUGGAUGAGGACGAGCUUUAUCAUCGCGACCACGAGCGUUCGCCUGUGCAGGUGGAGCCGCUGACACAUGAGGUCGUGGGCGAGAGUGAGGUCAAAGUUCACCUUCAACCAGAGGCAGACAUGGACGACCUGUACCACAUGGAUGUCCCACAGCUCAUCCCAUACCAAGGUGAUACUGAAGCUGCAGCUGAUGUGCUGCCUCAGAGGAAGCACACCGAACCAGAGGAAGAUCUGGAUGAUUUCUACCACCAGUGAUCCUUCAGCAACAACCUGUGUUGAUCCUUGUUGUUUCAAAUCUAAUUAAUAUACUGUAGCUGCGACAGGUGAUUAAAUCAUAAAUAUCAUUUGAGUCCAUUAAACUCAGUAAGAAUGAACAAUAAUGUACAUGUAUGUAUCUUGAUAAUAAAGAUAUUUUAA